AUGGAGGUCAAAGCGGUCGCCGGCCUCGACAAUCACCUCCCUUUCUUCAUUCUGGACGGCGCCGCACGCUCGUCUGCCACCCCGCCGGAGCGCAUCCCUCACGCUCGCAAGCCCAGCACCCUCACCGCCACCGCCAGCACCCGCACCGGCAUCAGCAAGAUGUUCAGUCCCCGCAGCGCCAACUACGAACGCCUCGAGGCGGGCAAGGGCCCCAGCAGGAAUGGGGCCCGCAGGUUUGCGUGGAAGAAGUUCGCGAUCGGCGCGGUCGUCAUCAUCGGGCUCGUAUACGUCUUUGGCCCAAGGAGAAGUGACCUGCUGAAGAGCAACCUCCCAUCAUGGGACAUGCCUGAAACGUAUGAUGAUGAUCUGGAAGUGACCCUUCCUCCCUCCCAGCCCAAAACAACCGACGCCGUUCGGCCCGAGCCCGUCGACAUCCACCUUCCCUCGAGCCAAGGUUCUGAGCGCCCUCUACCCACCUCAAUGGCCGAUGACCCAGACUUGACCAAGACCGUGCGCUGCACGACCGCGUUCGGCGGCAAGCCGCUCGUCCAGUUCGCGCUCAUGAUCGACGCCGGCUCGACCGGCUCGCGCAUCCAUAUUUACAAAUUCAACAACUGCGGCGCGUCGCCCGAGUACGAGUACGAGGUGUUCAAGAUGACCCAGCCCGGUUUGUCCUCGUACGCGGGAUCGCCGGGCAAAGCCGCCGAGUCGCUCGACGUGCUCCUCGACGAAGCCGUCCGCGUCGUCCCCGCCUCGCUCCGCGCCUGCACGCCCGUCGCUGUCAAGGCCACCGCCGGCCUGCGCCUUCUCGGCACAUCCGAGAGCGCCGCGAUCCUCGAUGCCGUCCGCGCGCAUCUGCACACCAAGUACCCCUUCAAGCUGCACGACGCGGACGGGCAGGGAGUCCUCAUCAUGGAUGGCAAGGACGAGGGCGUCUACGCCUGGAUCACCGCAAACUACCUCCUCCGCACCAUCCGCGCCGAUACUCCCGCCGGCACGCCGUCUUACGCCGUGCUCGACCUCGGCGGCGCCUCGACCCAGAUUGUGUUCGAGCCCACGUUCGACAGCUCCAAGCCCGACUCAGGCCUUGAAGAGGGCGAGCACAAGUACGACCUCGAGUUCGGCGGCAAGAAGCGCGUGCUGUACCAGCAUUCCUACCUUGGCUACGGCCUCAUGCGCGCCCGGAAGAGUGUCCACCGCCUCGUGGACUUUGUCGCGAGUUUCCGCAAGCCGGGGACGACGGUUGCGAAUCCGUGCCUGGCGCGCGGAACGGAACGCGUGGUUGAAGUUGAGGAUGAGCGCUCGAAGACGGCCCGGAAUGUCACCAUGGUCGGUGAGGACAUCGGCAGCUUCGAGGCGUGCAACCGCGUCGUCGAGCUCGUCAUGGCGAAGGAUGCUGUGUGCGAAGUGAAGCCUUGCUCCUUCGACGGCGUUUACCAGCCGUCGCUCAUGGAGACUUUCCCCUCGGGCAAGGUCCUCCUCCUCUCCUACUUUUUCGACCGCCUCGACCCGUUGCUCUCCAAGAGCUCCACGCCGGUCACCGUCUCCUCCAUCGCCGAUCUCGCCACCGACGUGUGUCUCGGCCGCGAGUCGUGGGUCAAGCGCUGGGGCAACGACAAGAACGCGAUGGACGAGCUGGAGGGCCGGCCGGAGUACUGUCUGGAUCUAACCUUCAUGCACGCCUUGCUGAGGCUCGGUUACGAGUUCGAUGCGGAGAGGACGGUGACGAUUGGCAAGCAGAUCGCCGGGACCGAGCUGGGGUGGUGCUUGGGUGCGACUAUUGCGAUGGUGGGCGGCGAGUUGACGUGCAGGGUGUAGAUCGCAGAUUCUUGCUGCACUCUUUACUUGUUUCCUACGUUAUAGUUCUUAUGCAGCUGUCAUAAUCCACCGGUGUGAACGGUACAUAAUCUCACGUGGCUCUGGUCUCC